GCGACAGUCUUGAACGCACUGGAAAGCUUUGACCAAGCAGCUGAGCUCGUCAGACACUCAUCAACGUCACGCCUCCGCCUCCGACCACUCCGAAAUUUGCCAUCAGGUCUUUAUCCUCGACAUAACAACCACAACCUCUCAUCGAGCAACAACGACGAUCAUCAAAGCAGUCGAAAUUUCCUCGAAGGAUAUUGCGACACAAUACUGCAUUAAGACAACAAUCCUAGAACCCAGCGACAAUGUCGUUCACCAUCUCGGUCCGUCAGGGUCCAGCUCGUCUGGCCCAUCUGAUCAAGAGCACCAGCGCAAAGCCCACCACCCUGCGGGCUUUCCACCAGUCUGCUCCCAAAAACACCUUUUUCACAUCAAAAACGGCAACAUGGCGCCCGACGACAUCCUCGAGCUUGGUCGCCCGCGCCUCGAGCCGAGCUUACCACCAGCACGCCCCGCAUGCUCCGGUAGACAACUCGUCGCUGAUGCGCAAGCUGCUCGUCGGCGGUGCCAUCUUUGGAGGAACCCUCGUUGCCACCAACGUGGUCUUUAACCGCGAGACCCGCGAGGAUGGAGGCAUGCCUCCAUAUGAGCGAUCGUACCUCAACGACACCUUUUUGCACACCGGUCUCGGCAUCGGCAUCAUCGGCUUGACUGCCAGGCAGAUGAUCAAGACUGGAUUCGUGUAUCGCUUGAUGGUCACCAACCCUUGGGUGUUUGCCAUUGGUGGUCUGGGUCUCAGCUUUGCUACCAUGAUUGGCGCCAGGUCUAUCGACCCUGACAACUACGUCCCCAAGUACGCCCUGUGGACGGCAUUCAACGCGACGCAAGCCGCUUUCGUCGCUCCUCUUCUCGCCUUCGUCCCGGGUCCUCUCAUCGCCCGCGCUGGCCUUUACACCCUCGCCAUGAUGGGCUCCAUCUCGUUCGUCGGCGCGACCGCCAAGCAGGAAAAGUACCUCUACAUUGGUGGUCCCCUCCUGGCUGGUGCGGCCAUCGUCGCCGUCUCGGGUCUUGCUCCUCUUGUCGUCCCCGUAACUGCCGUUAGGACUCUCGCCUUCACCGAGAACCUCUGGCUCUACGGUGGUCUCGCCGUCUUUGGCGGCUUCACGCUCUACGACGUCCAGAAGGUCUUGCAUCACGCCCGUCUGGCCCAAAGGGGUCUCAUCAAGAAGGACCCCAUCGCUGAGAGCAUCAGCCUGGAGCUCGACUUCCUCAACAUCUUUGUUCGCAUGGUUCAGAUCCUGAUGAUGCAGAACAGCAGGCGAAAGUAAACAAACGAUAAAGACACGUAUUUCUUUUGUUCUCAUGUAAUCAAGGUUUGCGCUUUGGGAGGUGAUUGUACUACCUAACUCUCUGCUCAAAAGUGGCAUUUAGCUGCCCGUACAUAACUGGUGUUGAGGCGUUGGAUUCCAUAGUGUAUAAUACCAGGAAAAUCGUUUCGUCAAACUACCUAAACUUUAC